UGAAACCAAUGAUUGUCCACUAGAAAAUGAUACAGAGCAAAGUGUGAACGAGGAAAGUGAGAUAAAAAGGUGGCACUCUCUUUAGUCUUCUUUACACGCACGUCUUCAACGCAGAGAACUAAUUAAAAAUAAAUUCCUCCACCAGUCUAACCACCGUCGUACAUGGCGGCGGCCGUCGUUCUCCGGUGGGAUUUCCACCUCCUCCUCUUCUCCCUCCUCUGCCUCCUCUCCUUCGCGGCCGCCUCCGAUGAUGAGGUUCAAGCGCUUCUGUCCAUUAAAACCGCUUUUCAGAAUUCCAACACUAGAAUAUUCGAUUCCUGGGAAUCUGAAACCCUAGCCUGCAACUUUCCAGGAAUCACCUGCGAUUCCAAUGGAUAUGUUAAAGAAAUUGAUCUCUCGAAUCAGAAUCUCACUGGUUCGCUUCCUUUGAGCUCUAUUUGCCAGCUUAAUUCGUUGGAAAAGCUGUCGCUAGGGUUCAACAAUCUCUCCGGCGGUGUUGGUCGAGAUUUGGGGAAGUGCUUUUCGCUAAAGUACCUAGAUUUGGGGAACAACUUUUUCACCGGAUUGUUCCCUGAUAUAUCUGCGAUGAGUGGGCUGGUUUCUCUGUACGCGAAUUGCAGCGGAUUUUCUGGAACUUUUCCGUGGUAUUCUCUUCGAAACAUGACGAAUCUGCAAGUGCUGAGCCUCGGCGACAAUCCCUUCGAUCGGACGCCGUUUCCGCCGGUGAUUCUGAAUCUGACGAAGCUGAAUUGGCUCUACUUGUCCAAUUGCAGCAUUGAAGGAAAAAUCCCCGACGAAAUUGGGAAUCUGGUUGAGCUGAUUGAUUUGGAGUUGUCGCAGAAUUACAUCACCGGCGAGAUUCCGGCGGGAAUCACCAAGCUCAACAAAUUGUGGCAGCUCGAGCUUUAUUGGAAUGAUCUAACGGGGGAAUUGCCUUUUGGAUUACGAAACUUAACUAAUCUCGAGUUUUUCGAUGCUUCGACGAACCGUCUCAGUGGAAAUCUGUCCGAAAUCGGAUUUUUGAAUAAGCUGAAAAGUUUGCAGCUUUUCGAGAACAGCUUCUCCGGCGAAGUUCCUGCUGAGAUGGGGGAUUUCAAAAAUCUGGUGAACUUGUCGCUUUACAUGAAUAAGCUGACAGGUCAGCUUCCCCAUAAGCUGGGCUCCUGGGCGGAUUUCCAUUUCGUCGACGUAUCGGAGAAUUCUUUAACCGGAGCAAUUCCACCGGAAAUGUGCAAGAGAGGAAAAAUGACGAAGCUCCUGAUGCUGCAAAACAAUUUCACAGGUGAAAUUCCUGACACUUACGCCAGCUGCACCACACUGAUUCGGUUCCGGGUCAAUAAAAACGGGCUAACGGGUCCGGUUCCGGGCGGGUUAUGGGGCCUCCCGAACGCAGAGAUCAUUGAUGUUGCGGAUAAUGACUUGGAAGGCCCCAUUACUUCCGAUAUUGGGAAAGCCAAUUCUUUAGCAGAGCUUUUUCUCGCCAACAACAGGCUUUCCGGUGAGCUGCCGCCGGAGAUUUCAGACGCUUCUUCCUUGGUGUCGAUCGACUUGAGCAACAACCAAUUCUCCGGCGAAAUUCCGGCCACAAUUGGUGAGCUCCGGCAGCUCAGCCGGAUUCAGUUGCAGGGGAACAAAUUCUCCGGUCCCAUACCGGAUUCAUUAGGCUCCUGCCGCUCGAUCAACGAUAUCGACAUGGCCGACAACACACUGUCCGGCCAAAUUCCGGCUUCCCUCGGGAAACUACCGACUCUCAAUUUCUUAAACCUGUCCAAAAAUCAACUCUCCGGUCCAAUUCCAGAUACUCUGUCCUCACUGAGACUAAAUCUUCUUGAUCUCUCCUACAAUAGAUUGUCCGGUGCUAUACCAACCUCCCUUUUAUCCGAGGCCAAUAACGGUAGCUUCACCGGCAACGGCAACCUUUGCAGCGAAAAGGUCGCCGGAUUCCGGCGAUGUUCGCCAGAUUCCGGCAUGUCGAAGAACCUCCGGAUGGUUCUGUUCUGCCUCACGGUGGCAACCCUAGCAAUGCUAGCCUCGAUAGCGGGAUUCUAUUACUUGAAGAAGAAGGAAGGCCGAGGUGGCGAACGCUCGUUGAAGGAGGAUUCGUGGGAUUUGAAGUCGUUCCAUUUGAUCGCUUUCACGGAGGACGAGAUUCUUGAUUCCAUAAAGCAGGAGAAUCUAAUAGGGAGAGGUGGCUCGGGGAAUGUGUACCGAGCGGUGGUUUCCAACGGGAAAGAACUGGCGGUAAAGCACAUUUGGCACUCCAGUGACUGCGGGAGUGGCAGGAAAAAGAUCAACGGCUCGACUCCGAUCUUGUCCAGGCGUGGGUCGUCAAAGUCUUGCGAAUUCGAAGCAGAGGUGCAAACGUUGAGUUCGAUAAGGCACAUCAAUGUGGUGAAGUUGUACUGCAGUAUAAGCAGUGAGGACUCAAGUUUGUUGGUUUACGAGUAUAUGCCGAAUGGAAGUUUAUGGGAUCGAUUGCAUGUUUGCAAGAAAUUGGUGCUCGAUUGGGAGAGUCGGUACGAAAUUGCACUCGGCGCAGCCAAAGGGUUGGAGUACCUACACCACGGGUGCGAUAGACCCGUGAUCCACCGUGACGUAAAAUCAAGCAACAUUUUAUUGGACGAACAUCUGAAACCCACGAUUGCCGAUUUUGGAUUAGCGAAAAUCAUUCAAGCCAAUUCGACUACAGAGUCAACUCAAAUCAUUGCAGGAACACAUGGGUACAUUGCCCCAGAAUAUGGAUACACUUGUAAAGUGAAUGAAAAGAGCGAUCUUUACAGCUUCGGAGUCGUACUAAUGGAGCUUGUGACGGGGAAGAAGCCGAUCGAGGCGGAGUUUGGGGAAAAUAAGGAUAUAGUUGAUUGGGUGUGUGGGAAAUUGAAGACAAAAGAGAGUGUAAUAAGCAUAGUGGAUUUAGCAAUUCCAGAGUUUUAUAGAGAAAAUGCUAUCAAAGUAUUGAAAGUGGCUAUUCUUUGCACAGCUAGGCUUCCUACUUUGAGGCCUACUAUGAGGACUGUUGUGCAAAUGCUUGAAGAAGCUCAGCCUUAUCAGUUGGUUAGCAUUGUUGUUAGUAAAGAUGGCGGCGGUGGAAAGAAAAACGAGUCCUUCGACAAUGAGAAAUUGUGAUUCGACCCCAACUUUGUUUGCAGUAGCGGUGAUUCGCCGCCCCCCCACCCCACCGGAAAUUUGAACUCACGUCGCGGAAAAGUUUGCGAUUUCGUUUGUAUAGUUUACUUGAUGGAAUAGUAUGUAAUGUAGUGAUUUGGUGAAGAAAAUUUCAAUUUUGUAACGUUAUGUAAGUUUAGGAAAAUAAUUGUGUGAUGUAAUAUAUAUGUAGUAAGUAAUUAUGGAGUAUGUAGUACUGUAAUUUUCAUUAGUAAGACAAAUUGCAAUGCGGUGAAAAGACGAGGGUGUUUGAGAUAAAUAUAUAAAAAAUUAUUUGAUUUU